AUGGCUAACACUACCCUCACUUUACCCAUUCUCGACCUCGCCUUAGCAGACGACCCCCUGCAAAAGCCCCAUCUCCUCGUUCAACUGCACGACGCUCUCUUCAACAUCGGGUUCCUCUACAUCAAGAACCAUGGUGUUCCAGACUAUAUCAUUACCAACCUUGUUUCGAUGCUACCAAAGCUCUUCGACAUGCCCUUGAAAGAGAAAGCAGCGCUUUCGAAGCUAAAUUCACCCCACUUCUUAGGCUACAGUGGUUAUGCAGAAGAGGUCACUCUUGGUCAGAAGGACCUUAGAGAGCAGUUUGAUUUUGCCACUGAGCUUCCCGUCAUCUGGAACCCUGAUGGUCACACUUCGCAAGAUUGUUCAGAACUUGAAGCUGUUCGGAACAAAGACUUUUCCAGAUUAUAUUGGCGGCUACGCGGUCCCAAUCAGUGGCCUCCUGAGUCCUAUGUACCGGGCUUCAGGAAAGCUUUGACAGAGUACCAUGAUGCCCUGCAGGAGCUGUCAUACCGUUUCGUACACCUCAUAGAGGAAGCAUUUGGAAUUCCAACUCGCACCUUCGAUGCAUUCUUUAACCGAGAUGACACACAGUUCCAUGUACCCCCUCAGCACCGCAUCAAGCUCGUGAAAUAUCCUCCGUGCUCACGAACCGACGGAAUAGCACAUGCUCAAGGUGUGGGAGCACACAAAGACUCGAGCGGAUGGCUUACCUUUCUGCUACAGGUUGAGCAACAGGAGGGUCUAGAGGUCCUAAGUGGAACUGGAAAAUGGAUCAAGGCUCCGCCAAUUCCCGGAACAUUUGUAGUGAACUUUGGCAAUGCCAUGGAAGCAGCAACGGAAGGCGCUGUUAAAGCGACUGUUCACAGGGUCAAGGCCCGCACCUCCGAAUCAUCACCACGGUAUUCAAUUCCUUUUUUCCAGGGUCUUCCGCUUGAUCUCACAGUCUCACAAAUCCGGUCUUACAUUCCGGAACAUGUCAGGAGCCUUCGCCAGUCAGCGUUGAAUGCAGAGUCAGAGAAAAUCUCCAGUUUCCUUGACCCAAGGUGGGACACCCUCGGGGAGUCGCAACUCCGAAAGUGGAUCCGAAGCCAUGAGGAGGUGGGACGCAAGUUCUACGGCGAUGAAGUCGUCGACUUCUAUCUCAAUUAG